AUGUCCUGCAAACUGCGAAGAAAGUCCCUCGACUCCGAUAGCAGCGAAUACGGCUCCGAUUUCACACCCGAUGAGCAGGCCCAGCUGAACGAGCUGCUCGCCAAAGCGGACGCGGAGAACGCGCGCGCCGCCGCCCCAGUCUCAACUCCCGCUACUCCCGUCGCAUUCGAAGACCUCGAAUUGCUGCAGCCCGUGACGCUAUCGGCUCUUGUCGCGGAUAUUGAGGAUGGCAUCGAUGGUCCCCCGAGCCUCAGGCUGCCUAAGGUGCUGGGCAGGGACAGUCCGAAGUCCCCGUGGAGACAGGCUCAGCGGCCGACGGUGGAGAGGGUUACAGGGAGGAGGUGGGCAGGUCAGGGGGCAGGCUACCGUGCCGACUCGAUUGUGGAGCACCCCAGUUCCAGUGAAGGUCGAGAACCCGAGAGAGAACGCGCCCGGUCGCUCGAGCUGGAGUGGACGCAGGUAGAGCAAGCCCUGCCUACUCAAGACACGCGGACUCCGAUCGAGCGCUUUCGGAGACCUCCUAACAAGGCCUUUUCGGUGACGGACCUAGUUUCGCCUGCGUGGUGCGAGCUGCAGUACUGGUACACACUUACGAAGCAUGGAAGGAAGAGGAGGACGCCCGCCAUGAAAAAGGGCAGUGUGGUGCAUAAAGCUUUGGAAGAUGAGAUCUAUACUACUGUCCCUGUAAAGAUCAAGACAAAGGAAGAUGCCUGGGCGCUCAGGAUAUGGAAUGUGAUCCAAGGACUGCGGAUGCUCCGAGACUAUGGAGUAACUCGAGAACUCGAGGUUUGGGGCAUGGUCGACGGAGAGCUGGUCAAUGGCGUCAUUGAUCAACUGUCCUACGAAUGCCCUGACUCGGACCUCGAGGCCUCCGCCGCGGGCUAUUACGAGGAAGCGACCGCGUCACGGGCGGCCAUGCCAGAGUAUCAGAUGUCGCUAUCGGACUACUUGCUCUCCUCGUCGCAGGGCGGACGGAGACUGUCAGAUCUCUCUCGAACAGAAGCACCUGCGGAGAAUGCCCCUACCGCUGCUGACCCCGGCCUGCCGCGAGCUGUUUAUGAUCUACCGCGAAUAUACAUGACCGACGUCAAAACUAAAGCGAGUGGCUCGGUGCCUACCGUCAAAAGUACUGGCUUUCGCCCUACGCUUUUACAGUUGCACCUCUACUACCAUAUACUCAAUCGGAUGGUCACGAGUGAUGAUGUUACCAUAGGAUACCUUGCGGCACGAUAUGAGCUUGACCUCGAGAAGCCAUUUACCGACGCCUUCAUUUCUGAAGUUGGAGGACUAAAUGACGAAUUCUUUGAUACGAUCUCAUCUUUUCCUUCGCAGUCCUCAGAGACCGACAUUGGCGAUGCCCCUACCCCAGAUGAUGCGCAAAGAAUUUCCCAAGACGAUCCGUUCCCACCCAGCUCCCACGAUGAUAGCCGUGACUCGACCAGCCUUCUUAUGACUUAUGGAACGCUCUCACGCCUGUGGGGCUUCAUGAAAGAGCAGAUCCGCUUCACUUUCAUUCCACAAAUGUCAGAGACGCACCGCGUUGCACCUUCGAUUCCAGCAGAAGAACAGCCCGCAUUGCUGGAAGACUAUCCGACUCUUCUGUCCCCGGUGCUCACAGCACGCUUUGUCUCCUCGGCUCUUACCGAAGAACCUCAGCCACGACUUCUCAAAAGCAGGUCCUUCCUGUUUGACCCGAAUAACAUGAGCUCCUACAUCGCCGACCAGAUGGAAUGGUGGCGUGGUCAGCGUGAUCCCCGAGGUGUUGAUAUCAUGGAAGCAUGGAAAUGUCGAAUCUGCGACUUUCGUGACGAGUGCUCCUGGAGAGAAGAACGCGAGAUGGAGUUCGCAAGAAGGAACCAUAACCGCUAA